AUGGCCCAGAACCACGAGGAUACGGUGGCCGAGCUCCACGAGACGUUCAAUGAGCGCGUGCCACACGACCUUGAGAAGAAACAACCACUGUCAGACAAGGCAGACGCUGAGUCUGGUCCUACACCUGACGGAGCUGAGCCCAAUGAGUACGAAAAGAGCACCCUGCGUCGCGUCGGAGAAAAUCUUCCUGCUUCCGCCUUUCUCAUUGCGGUUGUUGAGCUUACGGAGCGAUUCACCUACUACGGCGCCCAGGGUCUGUUCCAGAACUACAUCAGCAACGAUGUUAAUGGUCUUGAUGGCCCCAAGGGCCUUGGAAUGGGUCACCAAGCUGCAACAGGCCUAAAUCUCUUCUUCCAGUGGUUCUGCUACGUCACGCCUAUUCUUGGAGCCAUCAUUGCUGACCAGUAUCUCGGCAAAUACAAGACCAUUCUUGUGUUUUGUGUUUUUUACUGGGUCGGCCUUAUUGUUCUUUGGACCACCUCACUCCCAGUUGCCAUGGAGCACGGUGCUGGCAAGCCCGGCUACAUUGUUGCGAUUAUCAUCAUUGGCCUCGGCACUGGAGGAAUUAAGUCCAACAUUGCCCCAUUGAUUGCGGAUCAGUACCAACGCCGCGUUAUGGCUGUCAAAACUGAGGAGAAUGGGGAGCGUGUUGUCAUUGACCCUGCCAUCACAUACCAGCGCAUCUACAUGAUCUUCUAUUGGUGCAUCAACCUCGGAUCCCUCUCGUUGAUGGCAACGCCGUUCAUGGAGAAGUACAAAGGGUUUUGGACUGCUUACCUAAUGUGCUUCUGUGUCUUCAAUGUAGGCAUUGCUACGUUGGUAUUACGCCGUAAGACGUUUGUCAACCGCCCACCCCAGGGGUCUGUUAUCACAGAUGCGUUCAAGGCUUUGGGAAUGAUGAUUGCAUCCCGCAAUAUGGAUGCCGCCAAGCCCUCAUGGCGAGCGGCUAAUGGAAAGGAGAAGCCCGUUCCUUGGAACGACCACUUUGUUGAGGAGCUUAAGAGAGCUCUUAGGGCCUGCAAAGUGUUCGUUUUCUAUCCAAUCUUCUGGGUCUGCUACGGGCAAUUCUCGACCAACUUCGUCACUCAGGCUGGCCAGAUGGAUGGUCAUGGCAUGCCCAAUGACUUCAUGCAAAACUUCGAUCCCAUCUCCAUUCUCGUCUUUACUCCCAUCCUCGAAAAGAUUGUUUACCCCUUGCUGCGUAAGGCUGGCAUUGAACUUAAGCCGAUUAUGCGCAUUACCAUUGGAUUUUGGCUUGGCGCCCUUUGCCUUGCGUAUGCGGCUAUAGUACAACACCUUAUCUACAAAGCCGGUCCCUGCUAUGAGUCGCCUGGCAACUGUCCUGAAGGCAUGCGGGAUGGAGCAUCUCUGCCCAAUAAUGUCCACAUCGCAGUUCAAACUCCUGCCUACAUCUUUAUUGGACUCUCCGAGAUUUUCAUCUCGGUCACGGGCCUUGAAUACGCCUACACCAAGGCCCCUCCGAGUAUGAAAUCGUUUGUUCAGAGUAUAUACCUCUUCACCAAUGCCUUUGGAUCUGCUAUCUCCGAGGCCUUGGUAUCUGUGGCAGUGGACCCAAAGUUUCUAUGGAUGUAUACAGGAGUGGCAUGCUCCGCAUUUGUGGUUGGGUUCGUAUUCUACUUCACCUUCCGCCAUUACGAUGAUGAGGAAGACAAGAUGUAUGACCUGGAUCGCGACCAACCUGUUUUGACCAACACGGGCGUCAAGCAGACCGAAACGGAGGAUUAA